AUGUACGAACAUCUCACAGUUAUCGGCAAGGGAACCCGAUAUCACUCGGAUUCAAUCAAUAUUUCGAACAACGUGGGAACAUAUUCGGCUGCAUCCGUUCCUUCUACACAAAUAAAUUCAUUCAUAGUGCAUGAGAUUUAUUUAGGAAAGAAUAAUAGGGCGCUUAAUUUUCGUUGUGUAUCAUGA